ACAACUCUCCUCCAAAAAAUAAUAUUGUCCACCAGUGCCCAACAAAAAUAUCAAAGUUAAUUAUAUGCACAGACCUUUACAUUUAUUGUCGUUACGCCAUAAUUAAAAUAUAAAUUAGAAAACAGAUCAUUAUGUUAUUUAUCUUAUCAACAAUUUGACGAAUUUCAUAUAUCUUUAUUUCAAAGUAAACUUAAGUGUGAGUUUAGAUUAAUAACUAGUACAUCUAAGCAAGUGUCUAAACUAUAAAAGAAUACUGAAUAAUUAUUACACUGUUAAUUCAUGAUGCACCAUAAUGGGCAUACAAUAUACCAUUUAUAAUUGAAACUGUACUUACUUAUUUUUAAUUAUAUCAUGUUCGUAAAAUAAAUUUGUUUAUACCUUUUAUGAACUGUUUUAACAAAGUAAAUUUGUAAAGAACGUACCUAUUUUGUAUGAUCCAAACUAAUGAGACUGUGGUAAAAGAAAUGGCCUUCUAACGUUCAGCAGAUGACACGUCAUAUCGAAUGACGUCGUGAAUAUGGCCUUCCAAGAGAAACCCCAUGAAGAGACCAAGAGGCGUGUGCCGUUAUAUCCUGGCUUCCCCGAGUUGGCGCGGUCAGAUGUUAGCAUAUAUCCUACUUACUCCAAGUUGGAUUUGGCGUACCGUGUUGUUUGCCGCCAUCGUUACCAUUGGGCCAGUGUAGCUCAACGCAAGCAAUUCAUGAAGGAGUUACAUAGUUUUGAGAAACUGCAACCAAACGCACUAGAUGGGGUACGUGUUCACAGAGAGUUCUCUCAAGGAAUCCUUUCACAUAAUAUACCUCCACGGCGGUACAUACAAAAACUUACACCAGACCCACUGAACUCCCACCAAAGGAUGCGAGUUGAAGAAAUAAUAAGUGGUAGAGUUGAUUUCAAUCAAAAAUAA